AUGCAUCUCUCUAGAGACCGCUUCGUCCCUGCUGGAAGCCUCAGCAUCUCUCAGGACGAAGCCGGGCUAGUAGAAGAGCUCUGGUCAGCGCCAUAUCUUCAAUCAUGGAACCGCUUCUGCCAAGUCUCGCCGCUCGAGGCCCGCAUUGAAGCUGAAUCCAACAGUCGACACCUCCCGCGCCAUGUGCAGGAAUGUCUCUUCAAGACGGAGAGUCUACGAGCCCUCCUGCCUCUUUUCAGAGCACGCUGGAUCGAUCUUGAGCUGCGGGUAAGCUCUCGGCAUGUCAGAGAGGCCACCGUCCGCGUAUACCUGCUUCCAGACGACGCCUACCGGGACGUGGUCGACCGGUCACAUCCAAGUCUGAUCCGAUCGAGGAAGCAGCUUCUUCGAGCCCUCGACUACUCCAAGGUCGCGUGGCAAGGAGAUGCUCCUUCUUCUCCUACCGGCCUUUCCUCUCUCCUAGGUUUCACCCAGCACGAUGACAGCCAAGACGAUUCUCUCCUGCAAGUGUUCAACCGGAUACCAUCGCCAAGCCCUGACCCGAACCUGGUGAACGAAUACUACCUUCAGAGUUCCAUGUACGAUGUACUGAACAGCGUCGUUUCAGGUCUGAAAACACAGUUGCACCCCUAUCAAAGGCGGUCGACGGCGCUGAUGCUGCAAAGGGAGUCCAACCCUGGCAAGGUGCUUGAUCCUCGACUCGUCACGGCAGAAAGUCAAGCCGGCUCGCCGUGGUAUCUCGACCCCAUGUCGGGCACGGUCCUUGCGGAACCUCGAUUCUACGAUGGCAUCUCCGGUGGCAUCUUGGCCGAGGAAAUGGGGUCGGGUAAGACUAUCAUCUGUCUUGUCCUCAUCUUGGCCACCAGAGAUUUUCCCACCAAGCCCCCCGAGCUUUACUCGGGCGGGAAGCUGCCAGUACGCGCAAAGAUCGCAUCGCUAGCCGACAUGGCUGCUUCGUGCGUCAGCCGACACGCGAUUCCAUGGAGGCCUCAUCUCGGCUACGGGAAAGCCCAGUUUGGCUACGAAUUCACCCAAUGUGCCGAGGUCAUCAGGCGCAAUCCCGCCUACUAUCAACGUCCGGCAGUCCAGUUACGACGGGGAGGGCGUCGUUGGGACCCUAACCACUGGCAGCCGACUACCAUCUACCUCAGCCCAGCAAGCGUCGUCAUCGUUCCAAACAACUUGGUAGCCCAGUGGCUGCAGGAAAUAGACAAGCACACCAUGGGACUUAGGGUCGUCGUCCUAACCAGGGAUGAUACGCUGCCUGAAGUCGAAGACUUGCUCGAGUACGACAUGAUGCUGUUUUCCCAGUCGCGAUUCGAGAGGAUUGCCAAGGAGCGCGGAGGCUUUCGCCAGUCUUCCUUAGCCUGUGUGCACUUCAAACGCUGCAUCGUGGACGAGGGGCACAAACUUGGCAAUUCCAGGAUCGGUCAUCGGAGCAACCUCUUGAUCGGCUUGGACGCCAUGAACUUUUCCUCCCGCUGGAUUGUCACUGGUACGCCCUCUCACGGGCUGUUUGGGGUGGACGACACCCGCACUUCGGGCGAAGAGCACGAUGGCGCCGACGGUGGACCGCUCGAACCACAGGAUGGGCAGGAGAGAGACCACUCGCCCACUGAAAUGGAAAAGAAAGAUCUGCAGCGCCUGGGCUCGAUAGCCUCACUCUACCUCAAGGCGCGUCCAUGGGCGAACGCUCCUACAGAUGCCGAGGAUGCCAGGGCAGACUGGAAUACAUACUUGCUGCUCCCCAAGCACAACCCACGAAGCUAUGGGCGGUGGGACAGCUUGGAGUCGACCCUGAGUUCCCUCAUCAUUCGCCAUCGGCUUGCAGAGGUCGGAGACCUUCUGCCACCCGUCAACGAAAAGAUCAUUUUGCUCGAUGGCUCUUACCAGGACAGGCUGUCGCUAAACAUCUUUGCGAUGAUGAUCAUCUUCAACUCUGUGCAAUCGCAGAGAACGGACGUCGAUUACUUUUUCCACGUGCGCCAGAGGAAGAGCUUGCUGCAGAUCGUGCACAACCUGAAGCAAACUAGCUUCUUUGGAGGCUCGUUCUUCUCCUCAGGGGAAAUUGCCAAGGCAGUCGAGACGGCCGAAGACUUCUUGCGAGAGAAAAAGGUGCCGAUUAGCACGGAAGAUGAGUCAUUGCUCCGUGAGGCAAUCGAUUUCGGCCGCCUGGCCAUCCAAAACAAGCUCAGGGGCCUCAGCAACCAAUUCCACGAAGUUCCCGUCUGCGUCGAGGAAUUCCCGGGACACGCAGGGCAGUCCUGGUCACUUGAUGGGAAGGCCGGCGAUACUGUUUGCACAUCACCCAGUAUGUUGUUGUCCCUGCAGAAACUCCUCCGCGACGCAGCCGGGUCGCCGGAGCAGCUCAACUCACUUCUCAACGGCCGCUUGAUACUGGAGGGCAGGCAGGAAAAGGACAGAAUCUUGGCGGCCCAGGGACCGCUCGAAACUUCUGAUGGCAAGGGCAAGAGGCCCGAGACACUGGCCGGGAACACCAAACUUGGCAGCGACAGCCCUCGAAAAGCUCGCUCCCAUGGCGUUGGUGCUGCAAAAGCGAAGGAGACGGUUCGGCCAGACGACCUGCCAGCGCCGCUGCAGCUGGCCAAAAUCACAUCCACGGUCUCGGCAAAGUUGUCAUAUCUGAUUGAUUCAAUCGCUCACCACCAGGAGCAUGAGAAGAUGAUUGUCUUCUACGAAAACGAAAACGUUGCUUGGUACCUUGCCAGCAUGCUUGACGUGUUUCAAAUCCAGCAUCUGAUUUAUGCCAAGGGAUUGACAAGUGAGCGGAGAGGACGCUAUGUCGAUACCUUUCAUAGCAAUCCCGCAUUCAGGGUCCUUCUCAUGGAUUUAUCCCAGGCAGCCUUUGGCCUUGACAUGCGCGAGGCUUCGCGGAUCUACUUCAUCAACCCAGUCCUAAACCCGCAAGUGGAAGCGCAGGCAAUCGGACGGGUCCGGCGCAUCAGCCAACAGAGGCCAGUCUCGGUUGAGACGCUCGUUUUGAGGAAUAGCAUCGACGAAGUCAUCCUUGAACGCAAGAAGCACAUGAGUCAAGCGGAGCAUCGGCAAGUCAAGUCUAUCUUGGAUAUACGACCGAUCUAUAAUUGGAUCAAGAAUGCAAGGGUGGUGGAGCUUCCGGACAUGGACGGGGACGGGUUCUCUGAAAUGGCCCAACUUUCGCCGGUGCGAAAAGGCCGCAUGACAGUGGCCCUGGAAGCGAAGCGCAGCUCGAGUCUCCCGGAGAUUCGCCGGGGAUGCGAGACGUUGUCGCACGGCCAGCACGACGAGUUCGGUUUAUGGCUGACUCUGAUGAAGAGUGAGCGUAUUACCCCGGAUGACGCUGGACAUGGCAGGAAAGGCACCUGA